UGAAGAUUCUGUGCUGUCAAUGAGAAGAAAAUAAACCCAGGCUGUAUGGGAAGAACCUCAUUUUUUAUUUUGGUGCUUUGUAGUCAUGGCAGGUAUUGUAAAGCCAGUAAACAACCCUAAAGAUGAACUAACCUGCUUCAUGUGCUUGCAGAUAUAUUCAUAUCCAGUUUCUCUCAGCUGCACACAUAGCUUCUGCCUCAAAUGCAUCCAAGAUCACUUUAAAUACAGAGACGACACAGAAAAAUACUCCUGCCCAGAAUGCUAUGCCAAGUUUGAAGAGAAACCAAGGCUGCUGAAGAACACUGACCUUUCUGAGCAGGUGCUUCAUCUGGUAAGGGGCCGUGAACAAAGUGUUUUCUGUGACUACUGUUUGGAGGAGGAAGCUCCCGCAACAAUGAGCUGCCUGCAGUGUGAAGCCUCCUUCUGUGUGGCACACCUUCGUCCUCACAAUGAGAAGGUCUACCUUCAGAGUCACGUCCUGGUCGAGCCAAGUGAAAUGAUGGCAUUGCGGAGAUGCAAGGUGCACAGGGAGAUGCUGAAGCUCUUUUGCCGUGAUCACCGGACAUGUAUCUGUACACUUUGCAGCCUUGUAGGUGAGCACAAGCAGCACAUGGUAUGCACAGUUGAAGAAGCAAAGAUGGAAGCAGAGGUAAGAGGCAGAAUUCUAAAAUAUAAAACUCAUUUCUUUUUCAUUUCUGGUAUGAAUGCGUAUUCAGCCUUCCAUGACCAGGCAGUUCAUCACUAUAAAGGCAUUAAAGCUGUACUUGAAGAGGAUGAAGUGUUGACACUUCGGUUCAUUGAUUCAGAACGGCAAGUUGCGAUAAAUUUCAUUGAAAACCAAACCAAAGAAAAAGUCGAAGAACUGGAUGACAUCGAGAGAACUAUACAGCAGAUCCAUAUCAUUUUAAAUCAGACAGAUGCUGUAAGGUUUCUGAAGGGUUCCAACUGCAAUUCACAUAGAAUCCAGUCACUGCUGAAGAGGCCAGAGGCUCCCAUUUAUGAAACAACUGUUGAUGAAGGAAAACUUUCAUCCUUAAUGAAGACCAUAAUUAAGAUGUCAAAUGGUUUUUCGAAGCAAGGGAGCUGUGUCAGGAAAGCACUUUUGUCCUAUGCAACUACAAUCACAUUGGAUCCAUCCACUGCAAACGAGCAUCUGAUUCUAUCCGAAGAUCGAACGAUUGUGCGGUACACAGAUGAGACACUUAAGGCUCCCUAUGGUCCCAAACGAUUCGAUGAUACUUUGUAUGUUAUGGGCUCUGAAGGGUUCAAUUUUGGCCGUCACUACUGGGAAGUUAUCACCCGAAGCAAAACAGACUGGGAGAUUGGUUUGGCAUAUGCUUCUUUACCCAGGAAAGGGAAAACCUGGUUGGGAAGAAAUAACAUUUCGUGGUCUCUGGAAUGUAACGGAGACCGCUGUAUGGUCUGGCACAAUAACAUCUCCAUAAGAGUGAGUAUUAACUACAAGCUAGAACGAGUUGGCGUUUAUCUGGAUUACACAGGAGGGACGAUAGCUUUUUACGAUGCUGAAAAGAUAUCUCUCCUGCAUUCCUUUCACAAUAAAUUCACUGAAGCAAUUUAUCCUGUACUAAAUCCUUGCAACAGUAAAGGAGGAAACUUUGCUCCUUUAACAGUUCUGCAGCUCAAGGGCCUUCUGUAG